GCACACACUAAAUCCACACAUGCAAGCACAAAUGCCUAACCAUGUCAAAGAAAAAUGCACAGCACUGCUAUGAAGAAUCCACACUCUUAUUUGCUGCCAAUAUUGGCUCUGGCGAGUUUGGUCGUCAAGAUAAGGGGAUCAGCCUCUCUGCAUCCAGUGCUGACUGGUCCUGAAUUGGCGUAUCUUGGCUCGAGGGUGGCUUUCCGGUGUAUAGCAUCGGAUUCCCUUCCCCCAGUCACCUACGAGCUGUUGAGGGACGGUGGUGUCCUGAUCUCCACCGGCACAGAUGACCAAGGUGACACUCCUGCAUUAUUUCCCCUAAAGGUCAAUGCAGCGUCAGAGGGGUCAUAUCACUGUAGGGCGACAGCAGGCGGGAGGACAGGAGUCAGCAAAAGUAUCCAGCUGAGUGUAGUCACUCCAGCAUCAAACACCAGAAUCAUUCCUAAACCCUUCCCCCCCGUCGCAUACGAGGGGUCGUAUGUCGUUCUGAGCUGCAACGUCACAAAGGGCUCCCACCUGCACUACACCUGGUUUUUCAACAGGAAAGAGUUAACACAUUCAGACUCUCCCUUCACACACUUCGCUGGGAACGAGCUAGUGCUGGAGAAUGUGACCCUAGAGCAUGCUGGGAACUAUUACUGCAUGGCAUGGUCCCAAGUGCAUGACACCGAGAGGUUUUCCAGCAGUUCAGAGGUGCUGCUGACGGUCAAAGUCUACGUUUCAAAACCAAGGAUCUCUUUCUCCAUCUUCAAGGAGGGAGACAGUUACCGUGGCAACGUGACCUGCUGGUCAACAAGAGGGAGUCUUCCGGUGAACUUCACUCUUCUACUAGAUGACAGGGAGGAAGGGUCUGUGACAGCAACUGAGUCUCUUUUUGCCUGGUUCCCUGUCGCGCUGGUACCGGGGAUGGACAUGGGCGUGGCUCGUUGUCAGGUGAAAACUGAUGUGCAGGAGCUGAUGAGUGAGCCUGUGACUCUGGAAGUGGUCCCAGUCGGAGGUGAAGUCAGAGUGGAAGUUGAAUAUCUCUACAGAUUUGACUCUCAGCUGGCCGUCGCAGCAACACUGAACUGUGAAAUCAGCAGAGGAACUUUUCCUCACAUCUCCUGGCUCUUCAACGACACUCUCCUUCUCUCACAUGAGGGCACUCAGACUCAACCUAACUUGUCUAACUAUGUCCUAGUCAGCAAGAGUCAAACUCUUCUUCUGGCCAAGCUUGGCCCAGAGGAGUCUGGGUAUUAUCGCUGCAGGGUGAGGAACAGCUACGAUGACUCCGGGCCCUGGGUAGAGAGUGCUGCUGUCCUGGUUCGAGUCUCAGAGGUUUUCAUGACCCCCCUGGAGGUCAUUACCGUCACGUUCUGCUGCUUUCUUCUACUGAUGCUGAUCGUGGGAGCAGCCUUUACUUCCAAAAUCUUUCACAACGAGCAAGGUGUGUGCCUGCGUGUGAGAGAGAAAUCUAUUAACUACAUCUAUACGUUGAAUGCUCAUAUCUCCACAUUUCUUUCACAGCUCAGGCCCGCAUUUCUUCAUCACAUGCUGGUCCUGAUGUGCUCACAAUGUCUGCACCCACAUCCCAGUCAGGAGUCAGACAGGAUGACAGCCAUGAUGUUCAGAAUCAGGCCACAGAGGUCACAGUUUGACUCAGAAGGACCUGCACUUCAUCAUUCAAAUGUAUCACCUCGUUCUGAAAUGUGUUAAUUUAACAUCUGCAGAUAGGUGUAUGUAGCUCUGCAGAAUGAUGCGUCUAAUGUAACUUUCAUGUGUCAUCAUGUUGCUUAUAAGAAACAGGUGAAACAUUUAAUCAAAGAGUGAGCGAUCGAUUCUUGUAUCAAUGUACAGCCAUGUUUUUUUUUUUUCAAAUAAAAACUCAAACUAAAAAGAUGCUUUAUUUUUUUCUUUAUCAAACCAAUG